AUGGUCACUGUCAGGAACAUACCUCCCUUCGGAGACUCGAUUUCUUCCUCGAUUCGAACUACUUCCACCCUUCCAAUUCGGUCUACCCAGCACUCACAGCUUCCGAUCCGUCCAGUGCCAUGCGAUACCAUCCUUGAGAGAUGUACGGAGAGUGAGAGGAAUGAUGGUGAUGUUGGGAUGGUGGAUGGGAUACCAGGGGCUGAUUUGGUGGAUGUGACGAUCCCGGAUUGCCAAACCAAGGAAUCGGGUUCUCUGUUGAAGAAGGUUCAUGGUGAACCUUCGUUUUCUAGAGCAGCGGAGAAGGAUGGCACAAUUACUCAACCUGGGUUUGAUGUUGAGGGUGUUGAAACUGGUAAAGGCAAAGGAGUCGACAAUCACCUUCCUUCUAGUACCAAUAAGUAUGAUCGCAAGGUACGAUUCCAAUCACCAGAAGCGACAUCCGAACCAAAUGUGAACCCAAAACAAGACGAGAACCAAGAAUAUCCCUCACCAGAGGAAACCAAAACUCUCGAUAAACUCGAUCAAAUCUCACAAAAGAUCUUGAUGAUCAAAGGCACGAAGGCUUCUCAGGAAUCAGAUCUCGAUCGAAAAGUUCGUCGUGCAUUGGUUCAUCAGCGGAAGUUAAAGGAUGAGAGACAGAAGACGAUUGAGACCGAGGGGAAUGUCAGGAUGGCGUGGUUUAUACUCGCUAUCAAAACGGAGUUGGCAUUCAUCAGGGACCGGAUUUUGACUUUCCAUUGGGGACGAGGGGAAAUCUUGGAAUUGGAGAGAAAGAGGAAUCCUGAAGUUAGGGUGGAAGUCGUGGUCGAACAACCGGGGAAGGGGAUGGAGGUGGAUCUGAGGCAGAUGAAAGAGAAGGAAGAUCGGAUCAUUGAGGCUCACUAUCUUCGCGCUGGCAAGACGAUCGAGGAGGUGAAAGCACUCUUCCAGCCCUCUCUCGACCCAUGGGAUAGGGAUUAUAGGAAGAUGGCAGGGAUUCUGGAUAAAUUUGAGGAUCUCUGGGAUAGCUAUCGUGAAGACGAAAGGUUCGUCCGUGGAGAGGAGACAUUAUAUUCCAUUCCCUCAACCAUCAAACCCUUCCUCUUCCCCUCGGACCUCGCCCUGCAUCCCGCCAUAACACCUCUUGAGAAACUCGCACAGGGCGUGGGAGAAAGAAUGGCUGAAUACUUGAUGGUAGACCUGUCCUCUGGUAUUUCAGAAUCGAACGUUCAGUUCUGGGAGCACAUCCGUGAGAGCGAGCUUUCGUGGUUGGGAAAUUUUAUUGAGAUGGAGUUGUUGGAGUUGGAUGGAAUGUAUGGGCGUGGAGGGCAGUUGGAGGGACGAUAUGAGGCGUGGGUGAGGAGAUUUGAACGCAGUGGUACAGUUCCUGAUUGGGAUGGUAUACCAGUCGAGGCGUGGGAUAUGUCGAGGCCGGGGAGUCCGUGUGUGGGUGAGGUUAAUUUGAUGGUGGAGAAAUGGCAGGUUGGACUUCCGAAACCUUGA